AUGGCGAAUGGCAGCGCGCAGGCCGAUCCCAUCCGGUUCCUGUCGCAGGUGCGAGUGGUAUCGGAUGGCACAGUGACAGCCAUCCAGAACGCAUCCACCGUCGGCGACCUCUUCUUCGACACGGAGACCUCCUUUCGCUACGCCACGCGACCGGACUGGGAGGCUGCACUCGGAUCGAAACUGGAGGCAGCUGUCAGCUCUGGCUAUGCCACCGUCAAAGCCAACGCGAGCGCCGACUACGCAGCCCUAUUCCAGCGCGGCCUCUGGAACCAGAACUACGACCCGGCCUGGGGCGGCGGAUACACCCUCGGCGUCAAUCUGGAGAUGAAGUAUUGGCCGGCCCAGGUCACCAACCUGCCCGAGACCUUUCCCUCCCCCGUUCAUCGACCUCAUGGACGUCAUCCACACCCACGGCCGCUGCGAAGGCCUUCUUGGACUGGCACAUCACGCACGGCAGUGGUGAUACGGGGUGGGGUGGUCGCGGACGUGGACGAUGAACCUGUAGGCGCGGCCGUUCGACGGCGACCAGUCCGAAUCUGUGGAACACGGAUUCCGGACCGGACACGGGUGUUCCAGAUCGAUGGCAACUUCGGGUUUGUGUCGGGCAUCGCCGAGAUGUUGCUGCAGAGUUAUGUCAAGGGGCUGGGGGGAGAGCAGUUUACGGUCAAUGGGGAGACAUAUACAGGCCGGAUUGACGCGGUGGUCGGGGAGGUGAAUACGGUGGCUCUUGCCACGUAG